AUGUUGUGCCAUCUUAUCUUGUGGCAACUAAUGAUGAUGCUGCCACACCUGCUGCUGGCCAAUCCAGUCUCCAGUCCUGAGAUCUCCAGCAAAGGCUCCAAAUCUCCCAACAGCGUGCAACACCAGCAAGUGCAACAGCAACAAGUGCAGCAGCAGCAGCAGCAACAAGAGGCCGUUCAUUUGAAUUCCCUCAGUGCCUAUGCCAGUGGCUACGACAUGACCCAAGCCUCGGCCCAGAAUCAAAUGGGUGGCGAGGGUGCCUUCAAGCCAUCCUACAAAAUGCCGGAAAUGGAAACCAACUUCACGCCGAUGCAAACGGCCGGAACACCGAGUGUGGCAAGUCUGCCCUCCACCCCCAUGCUGAUGCAGUACCUUCCAGCCCAGACCCUGCAGGACGGCACCGGGAAUACGGUUCAGUAUCUUCAGCUAAUACCCACCCGGCCGAUCAUUGUGCCCAUCAGUCCUUAUCUCUCCGGUGGAGGAUCACCCACCCUUGCCGCCGGCGGACAGCCGGACUUCUCCGGCCGGACAGCCACCGUGUUGAGUGCCCUGCCACCGAAUUACGGAGCUCUCCAGGGCUAUGCCGCUGCCGGAGCUCUCAAUCCCCAAGCAGCCGUUGCCGCUGGAGCUUUCCGGGGUUACAGAAUCAAUCGUGAGGCCAAGGACAAGCACUUUCCUCCGGCCUUCUCCUUAAACCUUAAUGAAUACAUUCCCGCCUCGUCGAUGGGUCACGAGGCAUCAGGAUCCAGUGCCAGUCAUCUGUACUUAAGGGCCCGGUCAUAG